GUUGAGUUGUUACCUUUCUGAAGUUAGAGUUGUAGUUGUUUAUUUGUCUCUGAAAUGGGUAUUGGACCAUUUUUUUAAACCAAUUUAGGACGUCCAGAACUUUUGAUACUUGUAAGUUUAUUCAGUUUUGUGUUUAGUUUAUCCUGACGAUUUAUAAAGUUGGUUAGGAGUUGGAACUGGUUUAUAACAACCCAAUUACCGAAGUCACAUCCUACUUUAGUUAGGUAUAUAUUUCACUUCCAUCUCAUUCCAAAUAAUCUGUAGCAGAUGAUCAUAAGGAGUAUUUGCGAUCAAUUAAAUGUUAAUUGAAAACAAAUGCAUGCUCAUAUGUUCAGAUGACAUAUGCUGUUAAUCAAAACUGUUAAAUGCAGCAAUAUAUCAUUUUAAUAAGACAUGCCAUUAUGAUGGCAAUAUGAUAUUGUCUGCCUUAGGAUGCCCAAGUAAAAAUUGUUUGUUAGGCAACUGUAUACUGAGAAUCUGCCAUUAAAUCUGGUCAAACUGUUAUAUAUAUGAGACAACAGGUUUAUGCCAAAGGUUCUAUAUUUCAUGGCAGUCUAUGCCAAAUACAAAAAAAGGUUCUUUGAAAAUUGAAGAAAGAAUAUGCAGUUCACAGUAAUGUGAGGAAAGUCUGUGAUCACAAUAUUUGUGAUCUAUUGAUUUUUGGGUGGAGUUGGAAAUUUUAGUGAUGAUGACCUAUAUGUUCAUGAAUGUAUUAAACAAAUUGUAUUAUGUUAGUUAGUCUACUUUUGACUUAUGUAUAGACAAUAUUUCAGCUGUUAGAUAACUACAUUCGUGCCAAUAGCUUCAAAUCUAUCUGAAGGAACACUUUCACUAGGAACUUGAAAUUCUUAAUUUUGCCAAAGCUUUCAUGCAACCACCUAACAGCACUAAGAACAUCUAAUUGUUUGGCAAUCAUGGGUUACACUAUGAUGCUUGGUUUGCCUCUACUUCUCACAUUGCUUUUUAAUAACAAGUGUUAGAGAAUCUAUCUCAAAAUCUGUGAUUGGAUAUGGUUUUCUUUUGUUAAAUUUUCCUGAUAAUUUCAUAACAUGGAGAUAAUCACUAGGUUAUGAUGUAAUGACAUGUUGGCUUUGAAACAUAUUUGGUCGACUUAUUUAGUUUAAAUGAUAUUUGGAAGUUAAACAGUGAUAUGGUUUUGCAUUUGUUUAGCAUUGAUUUAAAUAAUCUCUCGUUGUCUUUUAAGUUUAAGAAUUUUGCUUUAUUGUGGAAGGUGGUUUGGCAUUUGCGGUGUUUUACUGGUGAAUUGACACUUGGAAUUUAAAAUGUACACUGAUUUUAUCGCUUGCUUUAUAAUGCCCUUGUUUUUGUUACAAUUAAUGUGGUGAUAGCCUGGCCACAAUGCGGAUCAUCAAAGGCAAUUGAUGGUACCAGAGCUCCAGAUGCAGGUCACACAAGGAAGUGGUCAAGGGCUUCCUGCUUUCAAUGGGUUGAGUUCUUCUUUCUCUAAUCAGACUACACCCCCGGCUGUUCAGUCAUAUCCAGGCCAUCCUCAGCAGCAGCAUCAAGCGUCCGCACAACCAUCCCAUGGGCUAAGCAACCAUCAUCCUCAUCUUCAGGGUGCAAAUCAUGCUACUGGAUCACAGCAGCAAGCCUAUGCAAUCCGGCUUGCUAAAGAGCGGCAUUUGCAGCAGCGUUAUUUGCAGCAGCAGCAACAACAGCAGCAGCAGCACCAACAGCAACAGCAGUUUGCUGCUUCAGGUGCUUUGAUGCCACAUGUCCAACCACAGACUCAACUUCCCAUAUCAUCUUCUCUGCAAAGUGGUUCCCAAAUUCAAUCACCAACCUCAUCGCAGCCUGGAACUAUGCCCCCCCUUACAGCAUCUUCCCCGAUGACACCGAUAUCAUUGCAGCACCAGCAGAAGCAACAUUUACCUUCUCAUGGGCUAAGCCGCAAUCCUCAAUCUGGUGCCAGUGGUUUAAACAAUCAGAUGGGUAAGCAACGACAACGACAGCCACCGCAGCAACAGUUUCAACAACCUGGCAGGCACCAUCCUCAACAGCGACAGCAUGCACAAUCUCAACAGCAGGCUAAACUAUUAAAGGGAAUUGGAAGAGGGAAUAUGGUGAUGCACCAGAACCUUACUGUUGAUCCAUCUCAUCUAAAUGGUUUAACUGGGGCUCCAGGUAACCAAGCUACUGAGAAAGGAGAGCAGAUCAUGCACUUAAUGCAAGGUCAAGGUUUGUAUUCUGGGUCCAGCUUAAACCCUGUUCAACCAUCUAAACCAUUAGUUCCUUCUCAAGCCUCUAAUCACUCACAGCCACAGCAAAAGCUAUAUUCUGGUCCAACCACCCCUUCAUCAAAGCAACUCCAGCAGAUGCCUUCUCAUUCUGAUAAUAGCCCUCAAGGCCAGGUUCAAUCCGUCACUUCUGGACAUACACUACCAGCUACGCAUCAAACUGUUUUGCCAGCAAUUAUGGCUUCCAAUCAUCAGCAUCUGCAGCUACAGCCACAGCCACAGCCACAACAAAAGCAGGUUAAUCAAACUCAAACGCAAGCACCUGCUCAGAGAAUGCUUCAACAGAAUCGUCAACUGAAUUCUGAUCCGCUAAGCAAGUCUCAAAUCGAUCAAUCUCAACCUGACCAGCAGCCUGUGAACAAUGCUUCAAUGAUGGGUACCAGUACGACUACAGCAAUGCCUCAGGUCUGUAUUGAUUCAGCUAAUGUUGUGCCAGUUUCUUCUUCUGCUGUUACUUCUCAAUGGAAAGCAUCAGAACCAGUAUAUGAUUCUGGCAUGCCGAAUAUGGCCAAUCAAGUGGGUUCCAUUGGGAGUCCUCCUCUUACGAAUUCAGCUGGGAGUGAUGCAGUAUCAUCUAUUAGUCAAGGUUUAGGACAGAGGCAGUUAUCAGGUAGCUUGCCACCUCAUGGGCAUAAUGCUGGGACACAGUGGCAGCACCAGUCUCAGCUACAACAGACCCCUACACUGCCAACCACAUCGCAACAACACUGCCAGCCACAUGAACAAGAAGUUCUGCAACAAGAUCAACAGCAGUUACCCCAACAACAGCUCCCACCACAGCAGUCUCAGCAGCAGACGCAGCAUCUGCAGGCAGCACAAGGCAGUUUGUAUAUCAGACCCACUAACACAAAAUUGGAAUGAAACAGUCUGUGGAUUGAGCAGUUCUGAGAGCAGUCGGACCCUGCAAGAGUUGGGUUUGCAUGCUGUUGUAACAGCAGUGUACAGAUGAAGCUGGUUAUUUUAUUGGGCAAUGCAAAAUGCAAAAAUAGGAGAUUGUCUUCUGCCGGUUCUGUCAAAAGUUCACAGGAGAUGCUAGCGGGCUAAUUCCUUUUUCUUUCUCUUCUUUUUCUGUUAAUUUAUUUUCCUGUUAAUUUUGGGAAUUAUGUAAAUUACCACUGGUUUAGAGCUUAGGGAAGGUAGAGACAAAUAUAGAGGUAUGUGUACAGGGGUCUCAUUUUCCCUUAUGUUCUUUUCCCCCAUUUUCCCAGGUGGGCCGUAUUCGUUUUUGCCCCGGUAGAUUAGUGAAUGUGAAUGUAUUAUUACCCUUUUCAGAUUUAGUGGGUAGCAAGCAAUCAUUGAUAUGAUAUGGGCAAAUGCCUUUGGAAAUUUUGUGAAUAUAAGGUCUCUGGUCAAUGGUAUUAGAAUUAGAAUGAUCAGCAAGCUUCUGUCACUGCCAUGGGCGCUGGCCCCUUAUUGUAAUUUUCCUAGUGGAUCAACCUUUUAAAUGAAAGCUCUUCCAUUUUUCUUCCUGUA